GGUUUCCAGCUCAGAAUCGCCCCGUUCGAAGACUUCUCCGCUCACUCGCCUUCCAUCACUCCCGGGCUGCGCAGGGUCGCAGGAGGGAAAGGCGGGUUUUGUCCGGCUCCUCUCCGGCUUCGACAUGGCCAAAAAGAAAAAAGACGAUGACGAGGCUUCCCAGUCCGACCAGUACGGGGAGAAAUCUCAGUACGAUCCUUCUUUUCAUGGUCCUAUCCAGAAGAGGAGCUGUACAGAUAUUAUUUGCUGUGUUAUCUUUGGGGUCUUCCUCUUUGGCUACAUGAUAAUAGGGCUUUUGGCCUGGCUCUACGGUGAUCCGCGACAAGUUAUUUAUCCCAGAAAUUCAACGGGAUCCUAUUGUGGAAUUGGCGGCAAUCGUGACAAACCUUACCUUCUCUACUUCAACCUCAUGAAAUGUGUCAUGGAAGUGAAUCCACUGGCAAUAGCAAUGAAGGGUUUGCAAUGCCCUACCCCACAGAUUUGUGUCUCCAAUUGCUCCAGCAAAUUCUGGGCGGUGCCUCCAACUGAUUUAGUACCUCCAAGUUCCUUAAGAAAGAAACCUUCUGAUGUGUGGAAUCAGACAAUGUGCCAACCCAGCAUUGAUAUCGAAACUACCAAGUUGACUGUGUCAGAAAUCAUCAACCAGCAACUUUGUCUUCAGUUCACCAUCCCAACCAAGCCAAUUCUUAAUCGUUGCUUGCCUUCUUUUAACAUCUCUGAAAUUGGAAGCUUUAGUGUGGGUACAAUGUCAGUGAAUGAAACUCUGACACACCUCACAAAUGGCACAGAACAACUUCUCAGUUCUCUCAAUGUGAAGGAUAUUAGUGUGAAGAUCUUUGAGGAUUUUACACGGACGUGGCCAUGGAUUCUCAUAGCUCUCCUGCUUGCCAUGUUACUGAGCUUCAUUUUUCUCCUGCUGCUGAGGUUCAUCGCUGGCGUCCUUGUAUGGGUUCUCAUUGCGGGAGUAAUAUCCAUCAUUGCAUACGGAAUCUACCACUGUUACACAGAGUAUGAUAUGUUCAAAAAGAAUGGAGCCACUAUACAGACCAUUGGAUUUACCACCAACUGGAGCGCUUAUGGCAGUGUCAAGGAGACCUGGAUGGUAGCCUUGAUUGUCCUCUGUGUGGCAGAAGCCAUCUUGCUGCUUAGCCUCUUGUUCCUCCGCAAACGAAUCUUCAUUGCUAUCGCGCUCAUCAAGGAAGCCAGCCGAGCCAUUGGACAUAUGAUGGCCACCCUCAUCUACCCACUGCUGACUUUCGUCUUAAUCGUGAUCUGCGUGGCCUAUUGGGGCAUGACGGCUCUGUAUCUUGCGACUUCCGGAGAGCCCCUUUUUCGUAUCACCCCAACAAAUGACUCUGCCCCGGGCUGUGAAAAAUAUCGUGGUAAUGAAAGUUGCAUGCCACUGGAUUUCAAUGCCUCCUCCAGUCUCCCUUGCAUAACCGAAUGCAUCUUCUACAGAUAUAAUGAUGAAGGGCUCUACCAGCGCAAUCUCUUCAAUUUGCAAAUCUACAACUUUGUGGGCUUCCUUUGGUGUAUCAACUUCGUCAUUGCUCUGGGACAGUGUGUACUUGCGGGAGCCUUUGCCUCUUAUUACUGGGCCUUCAACAAGCCUAAAGAUAUCCCAGCCUGUGCCCUGUCCAGUUCCUUCCUCCGUACAUUAAGAUACCACAUGGGGUCACUAGCUUUCGGCUCCCUUAUCCUCACCAUCGUUCAACUGAUACGCAUGGUACUAGAAUAUCUGGACCACAAGUUGAAAGAUUCCGAAAAUCGAGUUGCCAAGUUUUUUCUAUGCUGUCUGAAAUGUUGCUUCUGGUGUUUGGAGAAAUUCCUCAAAUUCCUCAACCGAAAUGCUUACAUUAUGAUUGCCAUUUAUGGAAAGAACUUCUGUGCAUCAGCCAAAAACGCCUUCAAUCUCCUGAUGCGGAAUGUUGUCAGAGUCGUCGUCCUGGAUAAAGUCACAGAUCUGCUGUUGUUUUUUGGGAAGCUCCUGGUGGUAGGAGGAAUUGGCAUCCUGUCCUUUUUCUUCUUCACGGGGCGAAUCCCCACUGAAGAUCCCCGGUUCAAAUCCCCAGUCCUCAACUACUACUGGUUGCCCAUUAUGACUGUGGUUGUAAGUGCCUACCUCAUCGCCCAAGGAUUCUUCAGCGUCUACAAUAUGUGUGUUGACACGCUGUUCCUCUGUUUCUUGGAAGACCUGGAGCGAAAUGAUGGUUCCGAGGAAAAGCCGUAUUUCAUGUCCAAGUCUCUUAUGAAGAUCCUGAACAAGAAAAAUAAGGCAGUCAAGGACAAAUAGAAAAACCUGGGGCUGGAGGAAACUCAUCAACUUAUGAUAUUGGUCCCCAUCAUUUCUUCAUCAUUUUUUUUUUCAUCUACAUCAGAGACAACUUAAUGUACUUCCCUUCCCCUUCACACAAUGUUGUGGACUUCCACAAGAUGACUUGAAACUCUUCAAUUUAUUUUAUUUUGUUGGGUUGCCAUAUUGCCUUUUACAGAAAACAAUCCACCCAUAUUGCUGUUUAUUGUGCAGAUUGUCUAUUUAUGAAUAAUUGAUCUAUUUAAUUUAAUCUCCCGUGCCAUGGUCUGUUUGGAAUCCGUGUUUCGAUCUCCGUCUUCCCGAACCUUUUCUGCUUCAGAAUAAGCCACUCCCGCUUCCUUGGUUUGGGGUUCCAUGAUAGGUUCCUCAAUUCAACCUAUCAUGGCUGUUUUGCACUCGUUCUGGCCAACUGUCUUUUCUGAUGGGUCAAAAUCAGGGCUCUUUUCAUAGUCUUUGGUUGUCCAUUUGUAAAAUACAACCUCCUUUUUAGCUACGUUCCGGGCUAAAUCAGGCAGUGGUGAACCACAACUAAGCUCCUUCUUAAAACGUGUCCUGCAGAAGUACAUCUUCUCCUGUUGCCACCACCCGUGUGGAAUCUCUUGUGUGGACUUUUCUGAAGGAAAAGUCAACGUGGUUCCCUGGCACGUUGAGUGGAUACCCUCUGGAAGAGUGUCUUGGACCAGGUGUUCCAGAUGUUCUCCAGAUGUUUUGAAUGUGAACUUCUGAGCUGGAGUCAGGAGUCGAAAUCAUUUUGAUUGCUCGGUCCAUCCUUCUUCAGCUUUGGUGACUGUUAGCACAUGGUUGGCCUUUUCGGAGGUACUUGGAGCAUUUUCUAAAGGGCUGUUCCUACCCUGUCUCUCUGAUUUAUAUUUUUAUCCUUGACUAUUUUUAGAGGAUUAAACCCAGUGUGUUGUUGAAUUCCUGUUUCUGGCUUCUUCCCCAGCCAAAGACUUUUCUGAAACUGGAAAUUAUUCCAAGGUGCCAUCUUGUAUUUCAGAUCAAAUUGUUCCUUUUUUCCUCCUGAGCCAAUUCUCUUUCUGAAUGUCUUACUGGUGGAAUUGUUCAAUAUUGCACUGGCCAAGCACCAAAUGACAAAUGGUUUUCGGUAUGCUGAAUGUUGGCCAUCUUAUUUCCUAAGUGCCUUUGUGGAUAAACUCCAUGUCCGAUAUUGUGAUGCCAACAUUUGGCCCGAGUUUGAUUUACAAACCAGCUUAAUUCAUGCCAACUUCCUGUCACCUCUAUUUUUUGCUUUGUUUCCCUCACUUUUAUCUUCCUGCAGUCUUCUGCGUUGGUUUUCUUUUCUCUUUCCAGGGUAUCUCUUGCCAUUAAAAUAAAAAAAAUCAUAAACACAAUAUUAUGGCAAGAUGCAAAACACUGCUCUUCGGAUCAAUUUAUAUCUUAUGCAAGGGUGCUGUUGCAGGCAUUUUCUGUACAUAGCUUUUCCUCAUGUAUAAAAAUGAAAAAAUUGUUUUAUACAAAGAAUACGUGCAUAUUAAAUAUGAUUUUAA